UACUUCCCCCUUUCACUUCAUUAACUCAACCAACUGUACUCAGAGGAACAACUUGCUGAACUGACUCUCCAGCGCUGGGAACUGGCCUGUCUCCUAUGAGAUGCUCCUCAGGACCCCAGAACAGACUUCCAUGCUACUGUGGGCAUCCUUGCUGGUCCUCGCACCUCCAGUCAGUGGACCACUUGCUACUGUACCCAAAUCCAUGAUUUCCCUCCAGCCUCCGUGGACCACUGUCUUCCGUGGAGAGAGAGUGAAUCUGACUUGCAAUGGAUUUCACUUCUAUGCACCAGAGAAAAUAAAAUGGUACCGUUGGUACUCUGGAAGACAACGUCCAAGUGAAACCCAAGGCAACACCCUCGAGGUUCGUGAUUCUGGACAGUACAUUUGCCAGGCCCCAGGCUCACUCCCGAGUAACCCUGUGCGCUUGCUUUUUUCUACAGCCUCCUUCAUCCUCCAGGCCCCACAUUCUGUGUUUGAAGGUGACGAGUUGAUUCUGAGAUGCCGGAAAAGGGGGAGAGAGAAACUGACUGCUGUGAGGUACUUUUGGAAUAGAAAACUUAUUUCUGAUUCUAAUAAAAGCUUGGAUCUUCUGAUAUCACAAGCAAGUUUAAACAACAGUGGCUGUUACCAAUGCACUGGAUCCUUGGAAAACAACCGUGUAUUGAGAACAAGUUUCACAAAUAUUCGAAUUCAAGAGCUAUUUCCACGUCCAAAGCUGAAAGUCACAGACUCCCGGCCUACAGAGGGGAAUUCUGUAAACCUGAGCUGUAAAACACAGCUUCCUCUAGAGCGGUCGGACACUCGGCUUCGCUUUGUCUUCUUCAGAGACCAUGGGGUCAUCCUCUCAAACUGGAGUACAUCCCCAGAACUCCAGGUCACAGCCGUCUGGAGAGAAGACUCAGGAUCAUACUGGUGUGGGGCCAUGACCAGCGGCAUCCACAAACGCAGCCUUCCACUUCAGAUUGACGUGCAGAGAAUCCCUGUGUCUAGAGUGUUCCUGGAGACCCAGCCCCAGGGGGACCCGGUGGUUGAAGGGGAGAUACUUGUCCUUGUCUGCUCUGUGGCUGAGGGCACGGGGAACACCACGUUCUCCUGGCACAGAGAGGACACGAGGGAGAGUCUGGGGCAGAAAAGUCAGCGCUCCCAGAGAGCAGAGCUGGAGAUCCCUGUUAUCAGGGAGGGCCACGCAGGGGGCUACUACUGCACAGCUGACAAUGGCUACGGCCUCAUCCAGAGCGAGGCGGUGAACGUCUCUGUGAGAAGCACCCCAGGGAAAAGAAGAGGCCUUGUUGCUGCAGGAACCACUGGGGGGAUAUUCAGCGUUCUCCUGGCUGUGGCCCUGCUGUUUUACUGCUGGCACCAGAGGAGACUAGGAGAUGGUUCUCUGGGAGACACAACCAGGAGACCCCUGACCCUAGGCCCAGGAGUGUCCUUCCAUCCCAUGUGCCCUGCCCCAGUGGAGCUGCAGCAGUUGCAUGGCAAUGAGCACCCCAAAGAAAGAGACCUGGUAUAUUCUCAGAUCCAGAUUAUUCAGCCUGGGGAAGAAGGAGAAGGAAAUACCUUCAGAACAUCUCUAGAGGACCAGCAUGCCUCAAUUGUCUACUCUGAGGUGAAGACACAACUCCGAGAUGAUUCGGCUGGAAAGGUCGGCUCUAAAGAUAAAGAUAUCAUGGAAAAUUACAAGGAUGUCCUACUCAUGUGACUUGUCCCUGAUCCCAAGACCCAGCUCAGUGCAGUCCUUGAGGUCUCUAGAGUGACCAACUAGUUCCAACUUUCCGGUUCUUCUUGCCCAUGUGCAUUCACUCCCAGGACUUCUGAUUCACCCACUCUGAUGCCGUGAUGGGAAAGCCCCUCAAAGACGUCACUGAAAUGACCAGGGUCCAUGGUUAAAAAAAGAGCCUGUGUGCCUGCUCUGAGCCUAACCUAAUGUGUUCCCUAGGGUGUGAUUUAGGGGAAAGGAAUAAGGGGGGAGAAGGACUGCUGCUGAAAAACAGAAGCAUAAAUUUUGGAGAACUGGGAUUUGCAUCUAGACAGAAAGGACCAAGUGACUCAGGUCUCUGUUUAAUACAUCUUCAACAAUUCUCCCACUGGGGAAUCAGCUGCAUCAAUUAGUUUCACUAUGAGUGGCUGCAUGUGUACUUUACAGGAAUGCAUAACCCCAUCCCUCCUGCUUACACUGUUUACACUGUCAAGAUUCAGUUGCAGGCAGAAGAAUCCAUUCCAAGUGGUUUACAGAUAAAGGUAUUUAAGUUUAUAUUAACUACUUUGAAAAAUCAUUAGAAGACCUGAAGAAGCAGGCUCUAGACUGAGUUUCCAAAAGCAAAAGCUAAUUACGUUAAUGUUAUUAGGGACAACGAUUUUUAACAUUGGAGAGAAGAAAUAUAAAAUUAAAAAGUUAAGUAGGUAACUUUAAGUAACCCCCAAAACCUAAAUUUGAAUUGGAAAUGUUAGUACAAACUGAUGACAAACCCUGUCUUUUUUUUUUUUUAAACCCUGCCUUUUAAAAAAAUUAUUUAUUUCCUAGUUCUGUCCACUAGAAAUGUCUAGAAAUAAUUAACAACUCAAUAACAAUGAGCACCCAUUGCACAUGUUGUAGUCUCUAAAUACUAUUCCCUACUCAAAGGAUACAGAGCUGCCUUUCUUGUAGGAGCUGUAUCUUUGAGUUAUCAAAUAGGUGAUGUUAGAAUAAUUCUUCCAAUAGAUGAAGAAAGACUGAAAGAAACAGAAAACGACUAUUUGUGUGAAUGUUUCAUGCUACUGAUCAAGUUGACAUACAAAAACCAGCCUAAUAUUAUGUGCCUCCUGAUGGAAGUAUCCAAUACCACCUACAAAGUAUUUAUGCCUGAAAUAUCAAAACUGAAUCCACUCAAGUCGCUAGGU